AUGCCCAGCCUGGCCCCCGCCCCCACGUCCAUCACCAUCCGCGGCCCCACAGGCCGCUACCCUACCGGUGAAGAUCACGACUACACCUUCACGCUGCCCGACGGCCGCACGCUGGGGUACGCACAAUACGGCGACCUCACCGGCAAGCCUAUCUUCUACUUUCAUGGGCUGCCAGCAUGUCGGAUCGAGGGUGUUUACUUACACGAGGUGGGAUUGAAGCACGGGGCGAGAAUAAUUGCGCUGGAUAGGCCGGGGCUAGGACUGAGCUCGCCGCACCUGGGUAGAAAGUUGCUGGAUUAUCCAAAAGAUGUGGAGGCGUUGGCAGGAGAGCUUGGGUUGGAGAGGUAUGCGGUGAUUGGCGCCUCGGGCGGCGGUCCCUCCGUCCUCGCCUGCGCGCAUGUUCUCCCCGCACACACCCUCGUCGCCGCCUCCCUCGUCUGCUGCAUCGGCCCCUCCAACCUCAUUGGCCACCGUGGCGGCUUCCUCGCCCACAAGCUCGGCUUCCCCUACGGCUGGGCCCACUGCCCCGUCCCGCUGCUCGCCUACCUCAUGAAAUCCUUCUUCCUGGGUCCCGUCGGCCGCGUCGACCUCCCCGUCGAAACACGCGUGCGGAUGAUGCUUGCGCCGGCGUUCCUGGCGAAACAGGACCCCCGUGACCGCGCCAUACUGGCCGAUGACGAAGAUGGCCUGUGGACCAUGUGCACGUCUGCAAACAGGGCUUAUGGGCGCUCUUUCGAGGGCGCAGCGCAGGAUGGGAGGGUGACGUGUACAGACUGGGGGUUUCGGAUUAGGGAUAUCAGAGCGGAUUUGUGGGUGGGCAUGUGGUACGGGAAGGACGAUGGGAAUGUGCCGCUCAGUCAUGGGGACUACAUCGCGGCGGAGUUGGGCAUGAGAACUGGAGAGGGAAAGGGAGGGGUGGAUUAUCGCGUCAGCAAUGAUACACAUACGAGUGUGUUUUUCAACAAGAAGGAGGAAGCCUUGAGGGCGCUGUUGGAGAGGUUUUGA